CUACAAAACAAACAACAGCGAAGAAACGCUGGUAGUACACUUCUCAUCUGCUCCACGCACUCGUUUUCAACGAAUCUUCUAUUCGAUUUUGGAUUUUAGGAUUGGACGGUUCGCCACCUGCAGGGUGUGAUCGGAUCAUUUUUAUAAUUUCACGCGCUAAUCCACAAUCUAUAAAGCUUCAGAUCAUCUACUCUUCUGUUGCAACUACUUGUUGAGUUAUCAUUCAAUUUAGAGUACCUUGCAGCCGUUAAGUAACCACAAAGAACUUGCUGUGUCGGAGAAAGCAAAGAAUUGGAGCGCUUUAGUAUACAGAAUCUUUCCUUUCCUUCUUUACAAAGCUUCAAACCCUAGUUCCAGAAAUUUUUAUUCUGAAAUCCCUUUCCCUUCCGAAGCAAAAUUUAAAGCUUUAGGCUGUUUUCUCUGGAUCGAUCAUAAUGGGAUUCCCCUGGUUUUCCAACCGCAAAAAUGCGCCGAUCGAAUCUCCCCGGCGGCAAUCAGAGAGCAUUAACAUUUUCUCCUCCGAAUCUCGGCCGCGAAAAUCUUCGUCGCCGAAGAAAAUGUCGGGCCGUAAAGAACGGCAAAAUUCGAGCAGGGAUUGUAUUGUGAGGAUUCCUUGUCCGUUGCCGAGCGGCGAAGAGCUUCAGAAUGUGUUCACUAAAUUUGACGCCAACAGUGACGGCAAAAUAUCUCCGUCGGAGCUGGGCCACGUCAUGCGCUCGCUGGGGCACGAUGCGACGCAGGAUGAGGUGCAGUUGAUGAUGGCAGAGGCUGACUUAGACGGAGAUGGCUACAUUGACUUGUCUGAAUUUGUUGCGCUCAAUACACGUGGCGUAGACAGCGCUGCGAGCCUGCGGGAUCUUAAAGAUGCCUUCAACAUGUUCGACAUCGACGGUAAUGGGUCCAUCUCUGCCGAUGAACUCCACAGAGUUUUAAGGAGGCUGGGAGAGACUUCUAGUUUGGAUGAGUGUCAUCACAUUAUUCGAGGCGUGGAUGCUGAUGGGGAUGGCCAGGUCAGCUUCAACGAAUUCUUCACAAUGGUGUCAAAUCCCGUUGCAGUGCAAGCCAAUUAACUGCGAUCUCCAUUUGUUGACAGGCUGUUGUUUGAAAUUUUCCCAGAGAAAAUAUCAAGCGAAUUGCUAAAUAUCUUUGUUUGUUGUCCAAAUGAGAGCAGUUUUAAAAUUGUUCAUCCCCUGUUCAGGAUACAGAGGAACUCUAUGCGAGACUCUCUCCGGCGUAGAAUUCCACCCGCAAUGAGAAGCGGAGCCUCCAGUAGAGGGGUGAGAGAGAAUCCGUACUUGAGGUCCCAGGUUCUACUCUCAAAGCCCUCGCUAAAAACUGAGAAAGUUCAGUUUUCAGAGAAGAAGAAUCCCCAGAUUUGUACCCUUGCAGCACAAACACAAAAAGUUCCAGAACCCUCCAACCGUUUACAAUGUUCAACAAUAAAUAGAAUUCCAGGAUUCUAAAAUAUGGCAGAGUUUAUAUAAUGCCAAGUUUUUCAGCCAUUGUAUUUGCAAAUUACCAUUCAAUGAAUUUCAUUUUCCUAAUA